AUGUCUGAUUUGAUACAAGUUACCAUCAAAGAUCUGCUAAAACAGAUAUCCGAUCGGGCGAACCACGGCCGUGAGGAGCGCAUGCAGGCAUCGCUGGAGUUGUGUCGAACGCUGGAAAGGUUGAGGAAUUUGCAGGAACUCCCAAAGGGAUGGCAAGAGCUCGGCGACGAUUUUCUGGUGAUAAUUACGGCAAGGAGCGGUCCGUUGGAGUUGAAAAAGAACCUGUCGACGUGUUUGGCGGCACUUGGCGUGCUGACUGGAUGGGAAUACGAAUUAUUCAUUCAAUGGCUUCUCGAUGCGAUCGAAGCUUUGCAUCGGAAAGCCGAAGAGGAGCGAAUGAUGUUGAUUGGCGCAAUGGCCUCUUCGAUUGUCGUGAAUGCAACGAAAAGCUUCCCGUUUGCCGAGAAAUUGUCUGACAAACUGAUGAAAUUCGCGAUCAAGAGCCUCGAAGCAAAUACAUCACAUCAAGUUCACUCCUCGUUGAUGGAACUCUGCACGGCGGUUUCUCAAUUUUCGCCAACAAAAUUUCGCGCUUUCUUUGAGGAUAUGGUCGAUUUGACGGUCGGCUGGCUGAUGGACGAGACAGUACCGAAGAAAAUCCACGCAAAAUGUGAAGAGGCUCUCCUCGGCUUGUCGAGUUUCUGGUUGGAGCGGCCGAACUACGCGAAAGAGUUGAUGAAACAAUUCCGGCGGGAUAUCGUCGAGGAUUUGGAGGACUUGCGAAAUGGCGGGAUCACAGGCAAAGAGGCGCAAACGGUGUUGUCGCGUGCCGGUUCGCUCAUCAAAACCCAUGCGAUCAUCAUGCGGAUCUACUUGAACGCACCGAAUGAGGAGAAUCUGCGCAUUGUCAUCGUGUCGACGAUUGAAGAGUUAAUCCUCGCUGGUGAAAGCUACAUCUCGAUCUUCAGAGUGAACGACUCGAAUCCGACAAAGCUUUUCCUCGCGCUUGUUUAUGUUUUCGAGUUAAUCUCCGAGUUGAGAGCCGUCGUUGAAGAGGAUUUCUUGAAGUUGACCACCUCAUGCGUCACUUUUCUAUUCAAAGUGAUCGAUUCGUUUCCGGGAGCGAUUUAUUUGAUCAAUGGAUACUUGGACUUGUUGACGAAGUUUGAAAGCAAUGUGCCGCACAUUGAUGAGGUGGUAAACAUGUCGACGACACUCAUUCACGGACAAACAGACGUUUCGAACUACUCGAAAAUUGGUCUCAUCUAUCAAUUUCUUGCGAAUCCGAGCACCAUCAAAGCCUCAUCGCGUCUCAUCUCGGCACUUUUGUCGGAGAAAAACAUCAAAACUAUUCAAGCGACGUACACAAUGGUGAUCAAAUGGAUUGGUGAUGAACUUGCCUCGCUUCAAGCCGCCAAAAACAACAGCAACUUCAAGGAACAACUAGAGAUUAAGAACGCCUCGAUUCGUCUUUUUUGCCUGCUACAAUCACUGGAACACUUGGCGACCAUCAAGAAUUCGUUUGUUGUGAUGAUGCUCCAACCAACGCUUUUCACUUUUCUUACCACUUUACCGCUAAGUGAUGACACGUUUCUGGAGGGUUUUCCAAUGGAACACCACACACUGAUGAGAUUGCUACAUUUGCAUUGUGAAAGCCAUGGUUUCUUUGUGGUGAACUCGUCGUGGAUUGUCGCCGCAUCGCCAUCGCCGAUUCAUCAAAAUUUGACGAAAAAUCAUGCAGAGUCUCAACUAAAGCUUCUGCACGCACUGUUGCUAAAGGGAAACCGGGUGACACUUGGGAAAACAAGAAAAUUAUGCGAUGAAUGGCUGGAGAGUUUAUUCAACAAUUUGCCCGACUAUUCACUACCCGAAGUUGUUAAUCAUCGAGAUUUUAAGGAACUUCAGGUCACCUUAUGGUCUCUUCUAUUGGAAAAUCCGAAACGAAUCGAGAGAUUACAAUCGGUGCUAAAAAUUCUCGAGGUGACCGCGUCGAACGAUGAAGAAACGAUGAUUUCACAAGUGAAACAAGCGAGAACCAAUGUUCAGAAACUCAAUCACGAAGACUCGAUUCGUUUGUGGAAGAAAAUCCCGUCAAGGAGCUACAUUUUAAGCGGAGUCUCGAUCACCGGUUGGACGGACACUGAAAUGACACAGAAGAAAGCAAACGAGUGCCGCUUUUCCACUGAGCACUUCUCGAUCAUCAUCACCUUUCUAUUGCAUAAACAAAUGCCGAAUUUGUUGAGAAAUGAGAACGACACAUGGAUUCAUGAAACGAUCGCAUAUUUGCAUUCGACGAUUACUGGAGUGGAGAAAGAAUUGCUGAUGAUUCGUUGGCGUUGGGCGCUCGCGCAGACGGUGAAUUAUUGUGUCGAGAAUCGAAUGCGGACACAAUUCGGAGGACCAAUGGAGACGUUUUCCGAGUUUUCCAAAGAGAUUCACCGACUCGCAAAAGAGGCCAUCUCUGAGAUCCCGAACAAUAAAGUUGAGGAAAAGACGAUGAAAAGUCAGCCAAGUGUCUCUUCGACGACAACUCUUGCACGCCGACCGGAAAAGAGCAGCAAAGACGAGGGAAAUGAGGUGAAAGAGCCAAGGGCCCUAAACGCAUCGGAAGAUUGGUGGCGUGUUCGCCUUUUGCUCGAAUUCGUCGACUUGCUUGAUAAGGCGAUCUACAGCGCACACACUGGUGCCUCGUUUUCACCGUUUAACGUAUCCGAGAUCUCUCGCCACUUUUUCAUCCAGAAUGCGAACGCCUGUCAGGAAUGGUUAUCGCGAAAUUACAUCCCGGCGAUGGCGGUCGCUUAUACGGCUGGAGCGUAUGCUCAAGUGAUUCGCUUUGGCGCCUCGGCGUUGCUCGACUUUGAGCGGAAACAGAAGAAAGAGAAAGCUGGCAACAAUCGCGAGAGUCCGAAUGAGGCGGACUCGAAGAUGAAUGGUCAAACGAUGCCCGGUUUGGUGUUGAUGGCGCUACAAUGGAUCACGAAAGCAAUGGUGCAAUUGGGCUACGAAUUGCCGAUUUUGGGACUGGCCGGCUGGACGCAACGAGUCUACGCGAUUGUCCCCGAAUGGUUGCCGAUUUGUGCGGAUAUUGCGGCUGCUAGAUGGGAAUCAUCGAUUGCCAAGCUGCGCACGUAUCUCAUCCAAAAGAACAGUGAUGUCGAGGCGAAAUUCGCACGGGAAAUGAUGUUAUUCUGCGUUUUGCGUGUCCGUCUGCCCGAAUUGGUUUCUGCCAACCAUUGUCCACCGGAUCUCUCGAUGUGGGAUGUGAUGAGUGACUCGACGAAUGAUGCAAUGUUUCCUGAGUGUCCGCCUGGUUUUGAGGAAUCGGCUUUCAAUUGUUGCCGCGAUUUGUGCGUUUUCGGCAAAGUCGACACGGUGCCAGUUUAUUCGAAUACGGCUUGGAAAAUUCCCGAGAAGAGCCUCCAAAUCGAGCACACCUUAUUGACAACGAUGAGAAGACCAGAAGUGCUCGACAUUGAGACCCAGCUGGCCAACGAUGCGGCGCUUGUUUUGGCGACUGAGGGACCGUUGAGAUUACACACCCGUUUCGCAAUUGUUCAAGCGAUUGCUCGUCUCUUGGCGACUCGGAUGCAGAAAAAGGGACCCGAGCUACAGGAUGUACAUGCUUCAAUCAUCGCCGAGUUGGACCCGGCUUUCAUCCUCGAAAAACCAAAAUCGGAUCUUGGAGAACGCGUGGCGCUGGGAAGACAACUCCUGCUGUGGACCGAGCGCUUGGGUGGACCGGCCUACAUUGAAAGUCAUGUGCAAAUGGCGAGACUGUGUCGAAAAACGAGCAAUCACAUGCUCACCGCUUCGCACUUGAUGCGAGCCGCGUCGAAUCCCAACUACGCUCGAUCAUCCUUCAAUCAAAUCAUGGUUGCGAGACAAGGAGCCAAAAUGCUCUGGCCGACGGCGACUUUCGAGCAACGUGCACAACAUUUUGUCGGUCUCUUCUCGCUUGCCGCCAAAGCCUACGAAAUGGAUUUGAAUCAACGGGUGAAUGGGGAAACCUUCUCCCCGACGUCAACAAGGUCGUCGGAAGUGCUGCUACAAUUGCCGAAUGGGAACACGAUCCCCGUUGAUCCGUUCAAUGCAUCGGCUCCGGUUACUACAGCUAUGACAAUCAAAAAAAAAGCGCUAACAAGCGAAUAUGCAUUCUUUAAAAGUUGUGUUUCG